AUGUUGAUGGUAAAGUUAUUCUUCUUAUGUGCUAUAAAUAUAUGCAUAGAUGCAGCAAAAAUUUUGGCAAUAUAUCCAUGUCCAUCAAUAAGUCAUCAAGUAGUAUUUCGGCCUAUAACAAUGGAGUUAAUUAAGCGAGGACAUGAAGUGACAGUGCUAACUACAGAUCCUUAUUUUAAAAAUGACACUGCUCCUAAAAAUUUAAGAGAAAUUGACGUCCAUGAUAUAUCUUACAAGUCUGUAAAGGAUUUUAUACCUGCUAUUACCGGAAGUGAGGAUGAUUUGAUAAAUCAAGUUUUAGUCAUGGCUACAAUGAUUCCCAGAACAUUUGAAGAACAAAUGAAGGUAAAGGAAGUACAAGACCUUAUUAACCAUAAAACACGACAGUUCGACUUAAUACUUUUGGAAGCAUUUUUCAUACAAGUGCUGGGAUUUACACACAUUUUUAAAGCACCGGCAAUUUUAGUAAGCUCUUUUGGACCAUUCAUCGGAACUUAUGAAAUAAUGGGAGCACCAACCCAUCCUACGCUAUACCACAACUUGUUUCGUCAAAAAUUAUAUAACUUGAAUUUAUGGGAAAAAGUGACCGAACUGUACAAUUACUUUCGAGUUCGAUACAUUUUAAGUUCCGCCGAGGAAAAUUACAACAGACAGAUUAAAAGCAUUUUUGGUCCUAAUACUCCACCUCUAAGCGUUUUAAAAAAUAAUGUUGACAUGUUAUUGUUAAAUGUUAAUCCGAUUUGGGAAGGAAAUUAUCCAGUGCCACCAAAUGUCAUACAUAUGGGAGGAUUACACCAAAAACCUCCAAAGGAAUUACCAAAGGAUCUUCAGCAAUAUCUGGAUUCUUCAAAAAACGGUGUCAUUUACUUCAGUUUUGGAACCAACGUUGUACCAUCAUCUUUAUCUCAAGAAAAAAUGAAAAUAUUUGAAGACGUUUUCUCACAACUCCCAUAUAAUAUAAUAUGGAAAUGGGAUAGUGAUAAAAAAACCGUAAAAUCAAAAAAUAUAAAAAUAUAUAAAUGGCUACCACAAUCAGAUCUUUUGAGACAUCCAAAUGUGAAAUUAUUUAUAACUCAAGGAGGUUUACAAUCGACAGAUGAGUCAAUUACUGCUGGUGUACCACUUAUAGGCAUACCAAUGUUAGGAGAUCAGUGGUAUAAUGUAGAAAAAUAUGUCCAUCAUAAAAUUGGUGUUAAGCUUAUCUUGGAAAACCUUACUGAAAAUCAAUUGAAAAAUGCAAUUAUAGAAGUAAUUCAAGAUAAAAGGUACCGUGAAAACAUCGCACGACUUCGCUCUUUAAUGCAAGAUCAACCGCAGAAGCCGCUUGAUCGUGCUUUAUGGUGGAUAGAAUACGUACUUCGACACGGCGGAGCCAAACACUUGCGAGCACCAGCUGCAAAUAUCUCAUGGACUGAAUACUAUGAAUUAGAGCUUGUUUCAAUACUUCUAUGUAGUAUAAUGAUAUUUAUAUUAUUAAUAACUUUUCUUGUUAGAUAUUCAAUGUCGUAUGCUUCCAAAUAUGUAAAAAAGAAGCAAAUGUAG